UGUGUAUGUGACGAGCUACAAGUCGUCAUGCAGCAGCUGGGUUGUAUUACCAUAAAAGAACGGCACACGUGUAAAGUUGUAUUUGUUGGUAAUUCACUUUUUUAAAUUAAAUAAAUGCUUUUAAGGCAUAUAUUAGUCCGCUUCCCAAAGGCAGUUUGCCUGAAAACGCUGCUUCGAACAGACAUUAGCCGGUACUCUUUGUGUUCGCGUCACAAAUCCUUUGCUGUGGCCAUGACUGAAGCACUCGACAAACUGGAACAAGAGCGGGAGGCAAGGAAAGUAACCAAAGAGGCUGAAGAUGAGUCCGUUAAAGAAGCCAAUCGCUUAAAGCGUACUCUUAAACGAAAGAAAUGGGUGGACUGGAAGGCACAAGACGAGGAAGAUGCUGCGAAUGGGACAAAGCGAGCUCCAUUUGAUCCCGCGGAUCGCAUCAAGCGCAAGAAAAGUGCCAUUUUGUUGAGCUACUGUGGCGCCAACUACUAUGGCAUGCAACGCAAUCCUGGCAUGCAGACCAUCGAAGAGGAGCUGUUUAAAGCAAUGUUGAAACACAAAUGGAUAACAGAGGACUCUUUCGAGCAGGUGCAAAUUGCCAGCUUUCAGCGUGCCGCACGCACAGACAAAGGUGUCUCGGCUGCGCGACAGGUGUGCUCCGUUAAGUUGCCCGAGGAGCUGGAUCUUCUAGCAUUUAAUGCAGAUUUGCCCGAUCAGAUACGUCUGUUUGGUGUGGAACGUGUUACUAAAGGCUUUAAUGCCAAGGAUCAGUGUAAUGCACGCACAUAUACGUAUACUCUGCCAACUAUAGCAUUUGCCGCCUGUGAUGAGCAGCACGAACAGGAAACGUAUCGCAUACCGCUUGAGCUUCAGGAAUUGGUUAACGCCACAUUAAAGCUGUACGAGGGCACCAAAAACUUUCACAACUUUACGAGCAAAAAGAACUUUCUAGAUCCAUCUGCCAAGCGUUUUAUCAUGUCCUUCACAUGCAGCGCACCAUUCCUAAGUCCACAGAGCAUUGAGUUUGUAACGCUGCAGGUGAAGGGUCAGAGCUUCAUGUUACAUCAGAUACGUAAAAUGGUCGGCCUGGCCAUUGCCAUAGUACGUGGCAAUACCACGACGGCGACUUUGGAACGCGCUUUGACCGAGGAGCGUCUGGACUUGCCGAUGGCACCGGGCUUGGGCCUUGUGCUGGACACCGUGCACUACGAGCGCUACAAUGACCGCUAUGGCAAGGACGGCAUACAUAAUCCAUUGACAUGGGAGGCGCAGGAGGAGCAAGUUAGGCAGUUUAUAGAGCAGCACAUCUACGCCAACAUAUACAAAACGGAGACCGAGCAGCGCAACAUGCUUGAUUGGCUGAGUACUUUGCAUUUUCACUCGUACGACACUAGGCGAGAUGAGCCUCCGCCUGAGGCUACCGGCAAGCAGAUGAAGAAUGAGGAUGAUGAUGGGGAGGAAUAGCAAAACUAAUUAUGU